AUGCUGGAUGCGCCAGCUCGGUCCAUGCAGUUCUACCCCGAGUGGGCAGAGUUCCGCGAGGUCAUCUGCAUGAAGUACGAGGCCGCGGGAGUUUCAUCCGACGUUUUCUACUACGUCAUCAGCAGCGACCCCAACAAAGAGGCGCUGGCGAUGCGGAAGGUGUCGGAGAGGCGUUCUAAUGUCAACGCGGACGCCAAGGUCUAUGGCAGAGGUCCUGGUGGGUGCAUUCCGGAGAGCAAGUGGCACAUUCUCGCGGAGGAGAAUGUGGCGCCGUCCAUCUCGCCUGUCUAUGGGCCUGGUGCUAACUGGCAUUUCUUUGCGACAAGCAACCGCCCGUUUGCCAACCUCGCUUUCCAGCUGACUCUCCUUCGUGGGCUUUCCAGCAAGCGUGCAACCAUGCUGCACGUGAAGAUCCCUACUGUGGGCUACAUCCUAAACGUGGUGGAGUGGCCCCUGGUGAACGCAAGGGGGCGCCAGAACCCGUCUCUUGACACUGCAGAGGCAGUGAACCGCCAGAAUGUGGCGCACAAGAUCGACUAG